ACUCUCCCCCCAAAACCAUCUCUCUCUCUCUCUCCACAUGUUCCCCUAAUGGCUGUGAUCCCACUACAAACAAGUCUCUGGGACAGUGUCCUGGAGCAAACCAAGAUUGCCCAAGAAAAGGGCAGUGACCCUCUCACAUGGGCAAUUCAUCUCUCUUCCUAUUUGAACACAGCAGGUGUUCCUACCCCCUCUCCUGACCUCGCAAACCUUCUUGUCUCUCACAUUUGUUGGGCCAACAAUGUUCCCAUCGCUUGGAAGUUUCUAGAAAAGGCCUUGGCUUUCAAGAUCGUCCCCCCUUUGCUUGUCCUAGCUCUGCUUUCCAACAGGGUUAUUCCAAAUAGAAGUUCCAGGCCAGCCGCAUAUAGGAUUUACGUGGAACUCCUCAAGAGACACACCUUGACCCUUAAGUCUCAUAUAGAUGGACCGAAUUUCCACAAGGUCAUGAAUGUGGUAGAUGAGGUUCUUCACCUCUCCCAAAUAUUUGGUCUGGAAGCAAGUGAACCUGGCAUUCUUGUGGUUGAAUUUAUUUUUGCAGUCAUUUGUCAGUUGCUUGAUGCAUCAUUGGAAGAUGAAGGGUUGCUAGAACUGACCCAUGAAAGGACAUCUGAAUGGGUAACUAAACCUCAAGAUAUGGAAGUAGACAGUGAUGACUUUUAUGAUGAGAAGAGGAUGGAACAUCAAGAGAGAUUGAGGAGUUUAAAUACUGUGAUUGCCAUAGAGUUGAUUGCGCAAUUUCUGCAAAACAAAGUAACUUCCAGGAUUCUUUACUUGGCUCGCCAAAACAUGCCCUCACACUGGGGAGGUUUUGUUCAGCGAAUACAACUCCUUGUGGAAAAUUCAUCAGCAGUGAGAAGUUCAAAAGUUACGAAUGCAGAGACUCUUCUCAAGCUGGCAUCAGAUACUAGCAAAUUGCUGUCUCACAAAUGCAAAACAAUUUUACCACUAGAUUUCCAUGAGGUUAUGGCUUCUGGUUCUCUGGCUUCUUCUGCUGGUCUUUGUCAUGGAUCUAGUCGUUCUGCUCUUUGGCUUCCUCUUGAUCUGGUGUUGGAAGAUGCAAUGGAUGGUUCACAAGUUAAUGCAACAUGUGCUGUUGAAAUAAUUACUGGAUUAAUGAAGGCCCUUCAAGCAUUUAAUGGAACCACUUGGCAUGAAUGCUUUUUAAGUCUUUGGAUGGCAGCUCUACGUCUAGUUCAGAGGGAGAGAGAUCCAAUUGAGGGUCCUGUGCCUCGGCUAGAUACUCGCCUGUGCAUGUUGUUGACUAUCACAACACUUGUAGCUGCUGAUCUAAUCGAGGAAGAAGAGAGCGCACCAACUGAUGAAACAGAAAAAUCUGACACCAUUCAUGAUAGAGAAUAUCAUGUUCCUGGAAAUCGUCGUAGGGAUUUCGUAUCCAGCUUACAGAGUCUGGGUGAUUAUAACAGUUUGCUGAGUCCACCCCAAUAUGUAGUUUCCGCGGCCAAUCAGGCUGCUGCAAAAGCGAUGAUGUUUAUUUCAGGCAUCAACGUUGGCAGCUCAUAUUUCGAGUGCAUGAGCAUGAAAGACAUGCCAAUAAACUGUUCUGGAAACAUGCACCAUUUGAUAGUAGAGGCUUGUAUCGCCAGAAAUCUAGUGGACACAUCAGCAUAUUUCUGGCCUGGCUAUGUGAAUGGGCACAUCAAACAAAUACCUCAUACUUUGCCCGUUCAAGUGCCCAGUUGGUCAUCAUUCAUGAAGGGAGCUCCCCUGACUCCAAUUAUGAUAAAAGCUUUAGUUUCUGCUCCCGCUUUAAGCUUAGCAGAGCUUGAGAAAGUCUUUGAGAUUGCGGUCAAAGGAUCGGAAGAUGAGAAGAUAGCUGCUGCUACUAUACUUUGCGGAGCCUCUCUAAUUCAUGGUUGGAAUAUACAGGAACACACUGUUUACUUCAUAACAAGACUACUCUCUCCACCAGCUCCUGCCGAUUAUUCUGGAAGCGACAGCCACUUGAUAAGUUAUGCUCCAAUGCUGAAUGUUCUCCUUGUCGCAAUAGCACCUGUUGACUGUGUUCAGAUUUUCUCCCUACAUGGCUUGGUUCCGCAACUGGCAGGCUCAUUGAUGCCAAUCUGUGAGGUAUUUGGAUCAUGUGUGCCCAACAUUUCAUGGACUCUCCCAACAGGAGAAGAGAUCUCUGUGCAUGCCGUGUUUUCAAACGCAUUUGCGCUUCUUCUAAAGCUAUGGCGGUUUAAUCACCCACCUCUAGAAUAUGGAGUGGGAGACGUACCCCCAGUUGGUUCCCAACUAACUCCUGAGUACCUCCUAUUGCUACGAAACUCGCACCUAAUGUCUUCCGGAAACAUCCUUAGUAACCGGUGUAAAAGGAGACUCUCAUGUGUUGCAAGUUCAUCAUCUCCUAAACACGUAUUUGUGGAUUCAUUUCCAAAACUAAAAGUAUGGUACCGACAGCACCAGGCAUGUAUAGCCUCACCCCUCUCUGGUCUUGUUCAUGGGACCCCUGUUCAUCAGAUUGUUGAUGCCCUUCUUAACAUGAUGUUUAGAAAGAUUAGUAGAGCACCUCAGUCUUUGACUUCUCAAGCAUCUGGAAGUAGUAGUUCAUCAGGACCUGGUAGUGAAGAUACAUGUGCGAGACCUAAAUUACCCGCUUGGGAUGUUCUUGAAGCGGUUCCUUUCGUGGUUGACGCUGCUCUAACCGCAUGUGCCCAUGGAAGACUUUCUCCUCGCGAACUAUGUACAGGGCUUAAAGAUUUGGCCGAUUUUCUCCCUGCAUCUUUGGCAACCAUUGUAAGUUACUUCUCUGCAGAAGUAACUCGGGGAAUCUGGAAACCAGUUUUUAUGAAUGGAACAGAUUGGCCAAGCCCAGCAGCAAAUCUGUCUAAUGUUGAAGAACAGAUCAAAAGAAUCCUAGCUGCCACUGGGGUUGAUGUUCCGAGUCUUGUCGCGGGUGGGAGCUUUCCAGCGACACUUCCACUGCCUUUGGCUGCCUUUGUGAGCCUCACUAUAACCUACAAACUUGACAAAGCCUCGCAGCGUUUUCUCAAUCUGGCCGGUCCCGCCUUGGAGUCCCUUGCAGCUGGUUGCCCGUGGCCAUGCAUGCCAAUCGUGGCUUCCUUAUGGACACAAAAGGUGAAACGCUGGAGCGACUUCCUUGUUUUCUCUGCCUCACGCACUGUAUUCCUCCACAACAAUGAUGCAGUGGUUCAACUCCUCAAAAGCUGCUUUACUUCAACACUUGGCCUGAAUGUGACCCAUAUAUCAAGCAAUGGAGGUGUCGGUCCCCUUCUUGGCCAUGGAUUCGGAUCCCACUUUUGCGGUGGGAUUUCUCCUGUUGCCCCAGGGAUAUUAUAUCUCCGUGUCUACCGAGCCCUAAGGGAUAUAAUGUUCUUAAGGGAAGAGAUUAUUUCUCUCUUGAUGCAAUGCGUGAGAGACGUAGCAUUUAGUGUGCUAUCAAAAGAGGGAUUGGAAAAGCUGAAGAAAGCCAAAAGCGGGACGAGAUACGGGCAAAUUUCACUUGCUACGGCAAUAACUAAGGUGAAACUUGCUGCUUCACUUGGGGCCUCUUUGGUGUGGCUAUCCGGUGGAUCAGCACUACUUCAGUCAUUGAUCCAAGAAACUCUUCCUUCUUGGUUUAUAUCUGUUCACAGGUGCGAACAAGAAGCAGCCUCAGGGGGAGUGGUUGCAAUGCUGGGGGGCUAUGCACUGGCUUACUUUGCCGUGCUUUCUAUUGCUUUAGCUUGGGGAGUCGACUCGUCCUCGUCAGCAUUGCAGCGGCGUCUGAAAAUCCUUGGAGCCCACCUGGAGUUUCUAGCGAGUGCUCUAGAUGGAAAGACUUCGCUUGGUUGCAAUUGGGCCACUUGGCGCGCUUAUGUGUCUGGGUUUCUUAGCCUCAUGGUAGCUUGCACCCCUACUUGGGUGGUGGAAGUGGAUGUGGUCGUGUUACAGAGACUGAGCAAAGGGCUGAGGCAGUGGAACGAGGACGAGCUUGCGUUUGCUUUGCUGGCAGUUGGAGGAGUUGGCACCAUGGGUGUAGCGGCUGAACUGAUCAUUGAAAGUGAAAUAUAGCUAUUUUCUUUUGUCCAAAAUUUUGUAGGUUUGUGGUUGAAAUGUAGUUGUACAUGGUUUUCUAUGUAGGCUUGUCAGUGCAGAAUGAAGGUUUGGAGGAAAAAAUUGUACAAUUUAUAAGAAAUUGCAAGCUUUGUACAGAAUGACUGAUUUUCUGUUUAUUAAAAUGCAGCAUUUGGGUA